UAAGCUUAGUCUUUCGGCGUGUAACGUGACUCUGGUGCCACGAGGCUGGGACCCACAGAAAUUAUCAAAUGAUGAUAUACGUAUAAAUUGGAAAAAACGGUUAAGAGACAUAGCAUACAAAAACAAAAGUUGUGGAAUCUCUCAAUUAUCGCUUGGACCUGGUUUAGCGGUUAAUUUUAGGGUUUGCUUUGAAAAUGGAAGACGGUGAACUUGAUUUCUCGAAUCAGGAUGUUUUUCCGAAUCCAAACAUGGCUGAAUUUCCGAGUAGUGGUUCAAUGGACAGUUUCUUUGAUGAACUGUUGAAAGAUACACACGCUUGUACUCAUACGCACACGUGUAAUCCACCUGGUCCUGAUUCUUCGCACACUCAUACUUGUUAUCAUGUUCAUACCAAAAUUGUGCCUGCAUCUGAAGAAGAUCAGGUUGGUACUGAUGAUACUGCUGAGUCUUCUGAGAAGAAGUCCAAGAAACGUCCGGUGGGGAAUAAAGAAGCUGUUCGGAAGUAUCGUGAGAAGAAAAAGGCUAGGGCUGCCUCGUUGGAAGACGAGGUUACGAAAUUGAGGGCUUUGAAUCAGCACUUAAUGAGGAAGUUGCAGGGACAGGCUGCUUUAGAGGCUGAAGUGGCUAGAUUGAAGUGUUUGUUGGUUGAUAUUAGGGGGAGGAUUGAAGGGGAAAUUGGAUCCUUUCCGUAUCAAAAACCAACUAAUCCCAACCCCUCAAUUCCGAACUUGCCUGGUUCUUAUGUCAUGAAUCCUUGUAAUGUGCAGUGUGACGAUCGUGUCUAUUGCCAUGGUCCUGGAGCAGAUGGGAGGUUUGCUGCAGAAGGGGUGUCACCAAAUGAGGAAGCAUUUGAUGGUUGUGAAUUUGAAAGUCUCCAGUGUCUCGGAGGCCAGAAUUUGGGGCUCAAAGAUCUUCAUGGUUGUGGAGUUGGACCGACAAUGUCUAAUGUUAAUUCUCAAUCUUCCAAUAAAAGAAAAGGGGGAUCUCGUGCAGCAAAAGCUGGAUGAAGAAUACAUAAGUUGGUGGAUUUCGACCUUUUGUUGUUGCCAUGGUAAUAUAUCCUGCCAAGAACUUGUUUUCAGCUGCAGCAUCAGUUAUCUAUCGAGUAACUGUUGAAGAUCAUUAUCUCUUUUUGACCCUGCUGUGCGCUAUCUUGGUUUUGAUGGCUAUUCUACCAUGGAAUAUAAGUAGUUGAUAAAUGUUUAUUAUGUAAAAACAGUAAUUGACCUGUAGUCAGCAUAUCUUUUUUGCUGAGACGCAGAUUAAUGCUUUCCUAUGCAAUAAGUUUCCCGAUGUUUUGGUUGUGCGUGAACUAGUAAAACUGGCAUGGUAAAUGUUCUUAUGCUAACUGAAUUUCAAAUGUGCUAAACAUUUGAAUAGUUUUUUGCUUUGUUUAAUGAGAUGAUGAUGUUAAGUGGCGA